CAGUACUUCGGCUUAUAAUGUGUCUCUGCACUAAUUAGGACAAAAUGAUGCAGACAGUGGUCCAGAUGAGAAGUACACCACACUAUGUCUGGUCAACUGCAGACGUUUUGGGGCAGGGGGCAACAGGGAGUGUGUUUAAAGGCCGACAUAAGAAAACCGGCGACCUAUGUGCAAUAAAGACCUUCAACCAGAUGAGCUUCAUGAGACCUGUGGAUGUACAGAUGAGGGAGUUCGAGAUGGUUCUCAAGCUGAAGCAUCGGAACAUCGUCAAACUUCUGGACAUUGAAGAAGAGCCAAGUACAAGACAAAAAGUCAUAGUGAUGGAGAUAUGUACAGGUGGUAGUUUGUACACUAUUCUUGAUGAACCAGAAAAUGCGUACGGUCUACAUGAAGAGGAGUUCAAACUAGUGAUGAAAGAUGUUGCGGCUGGAAUGAAUUACCUGCGGGAAAAGGGAAUCGUUCACCGCGACCUGAAACCAGGAAAUAUCAUGCGGUGUAUUGGUGAAGACAGCCUAUCCAUCUACAAACUGACAGACUUCGGUGCUGCAAGAGAACUGGAUGACGAGGAGCAAUUUAUGUCACUAUAUGGAACUGAGGAAUAUUUGCACCCAGACAUGUACGAGAGAGCUGUAUUGAGGAGACCCAUGGGAAAGUCAUUUAAAGCUACAGUUGACCUCUGGUCCAUCGGCGUGACCUUCUAUCACGUGGCAACAGGCAGUCUCCCCUUCAGACCUUACGGAGGCGCACGGAGAAACAAGGAAGUCAUGUUCAAAAUCACAACCGAAAAACCGUCCGGUGCCAUAUCUGGGAUCCAGCACACCGAAGACGGUAGAUUGGAGUGGAGCAGGGCGUUACCAAAAACGUGUCUCCUUUCAAGGGGAUUCAAAGACCUUCUGACACCGCUAUUGGCUGGAAUCUUGGAGUGUGACUCUAUGAAGAUGUGGACUUUCGAAAUGUUCUUUGAAGAAGUCACGAAGAUCCUGAACAUGGACAUCAUUCACAUCUUCAACAUCUCAACAGCAACUUCGCUUAGAGUCUAUGUCAACCCAACAGAUACAUUUGCGAAUGUCCAGGAGCUUGUAGCAGUACAGACAGACAUCCCAGCAGCUCGACAGGAGAUGAUAUUUGACAGCUAUCACUUUGCUGUGAGUCAUACGGACCCAGCAUCAACCUACCCAAAGACGUCACCAGAUAAUCCAAUCAUCGUACUGGACAACGUGCAUACGGACUUCAGCCGGGCAGAAUAUAGGGAACUACCAAAACUUCCAAGGUUUGGAACUUCAUUUUCUCUCGACAAUGAUGCGCCAUUGGCCAAGGUUUGCGCUAGUGUUGUGUGGGAUUGUCAGCGCUCUACUGCGGCACUUCUUCUUCAGCAAAACGUCAUGCGGAAGGCAGUCAAAUGGUUCAUAUGCGUCAUGAGCAGAGAAACCGAACAGCUCCGAACCGACACGCAUCUUUUGGGGAUAAAGGUUACCAACAGUGACUUGGCUCUUAGAAGGCUACUGGAUCAGCAUUUUCUACACGGCAAGAUGUUGGCCCUCCUCUGUUAUGGCACAUCCAGUAGCGACGUACAGCGGAAACAAGGCGAACUGCAGCAGCUGGUGGACGGGAAAAGGGAAUGCAUGCAGAAGAUUCUUGACGAAUAUGCGAAUUGUGAGAAACAGAUGAAGUGGGUUGAGGAGAGAAUUCUUGUAGAGGAAACUCUUAAGGAACUGUGGAAGGACAAAGACACCGUUGGCACACAGGAAAAAGACCGAAGCGUUGAAAGGACACAGUAUGUACUGGAUAAGGUUGUUGCCACUUUUCUGCAGUUCAAAAAGGACAAAAGUCUGAAACGCCUGUCCUAUAAUGAGGAACAGAUCCACAAGUUUGAAAAGCAAAAGCUUAGCGCCAACUGUAUCAAAGCAGUGUCCGCCUACGCUGACGAGUUCGUGCCGAAGUUCAAACAUCUGUAUGCAGAAGUGGCCCGGUGGUUUCAGAAAGCGUUCCUUUACCGGCAGAAGUUGGCUAAGGUCGUGAACCUGCUAGACAAAGUUUCCACAGCCAGCGACCAAAUGGCAGGAAACCUCCAACAGUCUGUUCAGAAGCAGCAUAGGAUCGUCGACAGUAUCCUCACUUCCGACGUGCUCCAGAACCAGGGUCCAUCCCAGCCUCCUUCUGACGUCACACCGCCCAUAUCUGCACCCCCAUCUGUUGCCCCAUCCGAGCCAAUGAGUCAUUCCGAAGUUGUACAACUCCAGGCCAGUGUCCGGGCAGUAAGAGAAGAGAUCAAACUGUCGAUGGCUGAAGCGGAAGAAUCAACCAAGUUGUUGAGACAACUCGGCGGGUUCAGUCUGGAGAAUGGAAUACAUGUGGAAGGAGUGGCAAAUGGUUGAUCUUAAGAUUGGCCUCGCAGACAAGGCGUGCGCGGGAAAGAGAUAAGAAAGACAUCUAUUCAUUUGGAGGAAAGGGGGCUCAAUUCACGUUGCAAUUUUCAGGUUCAAAUUGCAUAUUGAUAGUUUCACCAGGUUGGUUAUCAAAGUCUUUGUACACAGCCAUUGCUUUUCACUUGUCGAAGUGUGCGAAAAAAGAAGACUUUUUUAACAUUAUGUCUGUUGGAAACAGCUAAGUAAAAACAGAUGUAUUGCAAUUCUUUCCUACGAACGCCUGGUUUGCGAGGCCAUAACACACGUUGAAACCAAAGGCAGAAUGAAAAACGCCUGUACCGUGCAGAACCGCGGCAGCUUGGGCUGGACGAAGCUGUAUUUUUCUUCAUAGCGCCAUCUAUUUCCAACUAGUCCCAUCAUGCGUUGACAAUGACGCCCUUGGGGCAGUAACGCCCUAACAUCAUGAAAUCAUAUACAUGUAGGGAAGACUAAGAUGGUUGUCUUUACUAUGAUUGUACAAACUUAUAUAAUACUAUAGAUGUGAGGAAAUAGAUACAUGCCUACUGAAAUACACAGGAUAAGGAUAAACUAAGAAUAAUAUGGUGUCCCAACUUUAAAUCCUAACAUUAGUGCUUAUCUUAUUUCAAUUAAUUAAGAAUAACGUACUCACACACUGACGCAGAUUCAUACUUUAAUUUCAUUUAACAAAAACGUAGACGCUAGGAUACACAAGUAAGCCAGAUGUUAUUUCUAAGUCAAAGAGUUGAUUGCAGCAAACAAUAUCUGCAUCUUCAUAUGAUUUAGUGCAACUUCAAUUUGAUCUGCCCUGCAAUAUUUUUGUACUAGGUUUUGCACUCGACUACGAAAAGAUAUGGCUGUAUGCCUUAGUUUUGUGGUAUAUAUUUUUCUUGGGGAUAUUUGAAAUGAUCAGUCCCUUUAACGCAAGCUAUUUUGUCGUAUUAUACUUGUACAAAUAAGAGUAUGGUGUAAUUUUAGAAACGUAAGACUUUUUGAAAUAUCAUUUCAGCAUAAUUAUAUAAUAUUUGGUAUCAAUCAAAGAUGUAGUAUUGAUAUAAUGUACAUGUAUACAGUCAUUGUACAUAGUCUGAUCAUGGCUUUAUUAUCGUUUUGUGAGCUUUGUUUUUCACAAUGCCUGAUUUUAAGAGGCUGUACUGUUUUUCCCCGUUAGUAAAAUAUUUGUGACGUGUUUUUGACAGUUUGGUCACUAUUUCAAGUUAUACUUUGCUAGUCAGACUUGGUCUUCUUCAAGUCUAAAUGAGAAGUGUCUAAAACCUUUCUGAUUGCAUUCAUCGCUGAACGCAAGUUUUCGUACUAUCUGGAAAUAUAUUGAUUGCCUAAUGCGGCUAGACAUAUUUUAUUCCCAAUGUUUGAUUUCAAGUAUGUGUAAAAUAAACGUUGCCUGCAUUUAUCAACAGCAGAAUGCACCACA